CGGGGCUGCGGGGUGUGGGCCGGUGGGCGGGAUUGCUGUCCGGUGGAGCGACUGCCUUCGAGCAGGCGGCAGUGAGAGCAGGACGGCGGCCGGAAGGAGGAGGGAAAAGGUGGACGUGUGAUGGCGUCCGCUGAUUCCACAGAGCUGCAGCAGCCAUGGCCCCGAUCAAGGUGGGCGAUGCCCUUCCUGCGGUGGUGGUGUUGAAAGGGGGGGAGCCUGGGACCAAGGUGAGCCUGGCCGAGCUGUACAAGGGCAAGAAGAGUGUCCUCUUGGGAGUUCCUGGAGCCUUCACGCCAGGCUGUUCCAAGACUCACCUUCCGGGGUUUGUGGAGCAGGCUGGGGCUCUGAAGGCAAAGGGAGCCCAGGUGGUGGCUUGUCUGAGCGUCAACGAUGUCUUUGUGACCAGCGAAUGGGGGAAAGCCCACCAGGCAGAAGGCCAGGUUCGGCUCCUGGCGGACCCCACUGGGGCCUUUGGGAAGGAAACAGAUCUGCUCUUAGAUGACUCCUUGGUGCCGAUCUUUGGGAACCGAAGGCUCAAGAGGUUCUCCAUGGUGAUCGAGGACGGUGUAGUGAAGGCCCUGAAUGUGGAGCCAGACGGCACAGGUCUCACCUGUAGUCUGGCCCCCAGUAUCCUCUCGCAGCUCUUGAGGCCCUGGGCCCAGACGCACUCCCCACUCCCACUGCCCUUUCCUGUCUCACCUGCCCAGCCCUGGGCAGCAGGCCUGGCUGCCCCUGAGCCAGGCCACCCAAUUGGAACCUUGGCCAAAUUUCUGCAAUAAAA